AAGUAUCACGCUUUUGUUCUGAUAGAGUUCAACCGGAAGUUGAUCCUGAGAGCAGAACACUGGCCGCAUGCGCGUGGGACUCUGCCCUGAAAUCUUUGAGCAUGGCAGCGAUUGGAGUUCACUUCGGAUAUACCUGCGCCUGUGUGGCGAUAUUUAAGGAUGGGCGGGCUGAUGUGGUGGCUAAUGAUGCAGGAGACAGAGUGACUCCAGCUGUGGUGGCCUACAGAGACACUGAGCAGAUUGUAGGUAUUGCAGCAAAGCAAGGACGGGUCCGCAAUGCUGCCAACACAGUUGUUAAAGUGAAACAAGUGCUGGGAAGAAGCUUUAGUGAUCAAGAGACACAGGCUCACAAAAUACAGACCAAGUGUCAGGUUGUCAACAGAGAUGAGAAGCCUUAUUAUGAGAUUACAGCAGGAGAUCACGCAGAGUAUGUCGCUCCAGAGGAUUCUGCAAAACUCAUCUUCCACAAAAUGAAAGAAACUGCUCAGUCAGCUCUGGGCUCUGAUGUCACCGAAGCAGUCAUUACCGUCCCUUUUGAGUUUGGACAUGCUCAGAAGCAUGCUCUGAGGGAGGCAGCUGAGGCUGCAGGCUUCCAUGUACUGAGGCUCAUACAUGAGCCCGCUGCUGCUCUGUUGGCCUACAACAUCGGACAGGACUCUUCUUCUGGAAAGAGCCAUGUCCUGGUGUAUAAGCUUGGUGGGACCUCCCUGAGUGUGACAGUGCUGCAGGUCAACGGAGGAAUGUUCCGGGUUCUCAACACCCACACUGACCACAGCAUUGGAGGAGAGAGCUUCACCCAGGCCCUGGCCCAGCACCUGGCCGCUGAGUUCAAACGCACCUUUAAGCAUGAUGUGAGCAGUAAUGUUCGGGCGAUGCUGAAGCUGAUGAACGGAGCAGACAUGGCCAAACACUCUCUGUCGUCUCUGGGAUCAGCCAACUGCUUUGUUGACUCCCUGCACGACGGCAUUGACUUUGAAUGCAACGUCUCUAGAGCUCGAUUUGAGCUGCUGUGCUCCUCACUCUUCAACAAGAGCAUCCAGCCAAUUAGGGCCCUGCUGGAGGAGGCGGGACUCUCCGCCAGUAACAUUAACAAGGUGGUUCUUUGCGGUGGCUCAGCCAGGAUCCCUCGUCUUCAGCAGUUGAUCCAUGACAUGUUUCCUGAUGUAGAGCUCCUCAGCUCGGCGCCUCCUGAUGAGGUCAUCGCUGUGGGAGCAGCCCUAGAAGCAGGCUUACUGGUUGGCAAAGAUGGACUUGUGCCUGAGGAAGAGUCUGUUACAGUGGAUGUGUCUGCCACUGACAUACUCGUGAAGGAGGUGGAUGAAUCUGGAGCUGAGGUGUUCACUGUUCUCCUUCCAUCGGGCACGCCCCUCCCUGCCCGUAGACACCACACCCUGAGUGGAGGAGGGAAUCUGUCCUCCCUCUGUCUGGAGGUUUACCAGAGAUUUGUCACGCAGCAACCAGAAAAGCUAGCCAAGAUAGUCUUGAAAGACCUGCAGCCCAGAGAGAAUCAUGAUAUCGACACUGUGGUGACCAUGAAAAGGUAUCUACCCCUCCAGGAUCUGCACAUGGGCUGUUUAAUCAUCCAUGCUCUGGAAUGAUUCGACACUUGAGGAUCUUCAGGUAGUUCUGGACCUUGUUGGAGUCUCGGCGGAAGCAGUAGAGGAGGUCAUAGUCUUUCAUCAGGUGCCACUCGGCACUGUCUGAUGGCAACAAACCCUCAGGAGAAGCCAGGCUGCUGACAGAGUUACUUAUCAUACCCAACAUCUGCAUCUGGAGCAGAGAGGACACACAUAACAAACUACUUUACAAGACGGAAGCCAGGUAGAAGUCUUUCUGGGGACACACAAAUCCUGAAUUUGAAUAGUUACAUAGACUCAGAGGUGUUCCUGUUAUUUAGCCCAAGUCAGUGAUUCAAAUUUUUAGAGGAGAUAUUUUUGGAGGGCAUCUUUAUUUUGUCUUGUUUUUAUCUUGAUUUUGUUCAUUUAUUGUUCAUUUCUUCCAUUUGAGUGUACAAUUUUAAAACAGAAUCCACACAAAACAUACUCUAUAAACACUUAAACACAUUCCAUGACCCAAAAGAGCAAGAGAAAGAAAAAGCACACUCAUACAGUUUUAUUGACUAUGUCUAGUAUGUUUUCUACUAGUUUAUAUCAUACCAUCUAUUUUAAGUUAUUAUGCUGCUAAACUGCACGGUGUGUUUUGUUGUAUAUUGUAUAUACCUACAUUUAACUGCAAUUUUUGUUGCAUUUUGUCACAUUUAGUUACUUGGUUUUUUUUGCACGGUGCGUAUUGUUGUAUAUUGUAUAUACCUACGUUUAACUGCAAUUUUUGUUGCAUUUUUUUUCUACUUAUGUUACCUGUAAGUGCUUGCAUUUUGUUGCAUUUAGUUCAUUGUUUGAUUUAUUUUAUGUUAGCCUUUAUUUUAUUAUUUAUUUUAUUUUAUGUUAGCUUAUUUUUACUCUAACCCUGUAUUACUUUCCCACCUUUGUAUUCCAACUGUUGCACAGUAAUUUCCCUCGGGAUAAAUAAAGCUUCUUGAAUCUUGAA